AGGUCAAGUUGAAUUCCUGCACUGCAUUGAUCAGUGCAUGGCCUUCUUAUUCUCCUGGUGGUACGUCUGCUUGUUGUACCUUCCGCUCUUCAUCUUCAAGGGGCUCUGUUGGAAGCUCUGCAGCUGCUAGGAAUGGUGCCCCUUCUGUACAUUCUCCAAAGAGUGGUUUGCCAUGAUUCCAACGACAGUUGUCCUGGCUGCAGUCGGUAUCGUGCAUGCUCCAGCUGCUGUUUUGUGGAUCCUUUCCGCUGUGCACAUGGCUCAAGGGCUGCCUAGUCCAGCUUCUGCAAAGCAAAAAGUACAUGCUGGCAGCUCAUUACAUUCUUGACUAGAGGGAGCUCUACAGGAAGCUCUCAGCUGAGAUGCGGUCUCUCACGCUGUUCUUUGUGCUAGCUGUGAUCUUCUUUGGUGGAAGACUCUUGCUUCUGGCCUGGUCAAGAGAUUGUCGAGGCGAUGAGUUUGCAAGAAAGUGGGGCCCAGAUGGGGUUAGAAAUUCUGGCCAACCUUUGCGAGAAGGCAAUGGCCACUUUGGAGAUUCCGUACUCAGCGUCGAAAAUGAAGAGGAAAGACCAAACCUCCUGCUGGUCACAGCGGUAGACACCGCACAUUGCGAGACGUAUAGAGGGUCUGAAUUCACUUUAAAGGCGCUACAAAACAAGAUUGACUAUGCCAGGUUGCAUAAUUACAGCUUGUGGAAUAGUGUUGAAAUGCUCGAUUCUAAGUUCGAUAAUUGGUGGGUAAAGAUCAUCCUGCUGAAGAAACUGAUGCUCGCCAACCCCAGCAUGGAGUGGUUUCUGUGGAUCGACACGGACGUCCUUAUAACGGACAUGAGCAUGCGGAUACCGUUGGAGAAAUAUGAAGGUUACGACUUCGUCUUACACGGGGAUAGAAUACGGGUUUUCGAGGAGCCGCAUUGGCUCGGCUUGAACACGGGCGUUUUUCUGCUCCGCAACACGGAGUGGUCGCUCGAGUUUCUGGACGCGUUGCUCGCGACCGGGGAGGCGGGAGAGGUCCGCGACUCCUUCGGGCGACUGCUCAACGAGAAGUUGAAGGGACGGAAGGAGGCUGCUCAGGAUUUUCCGGCGGACGACCAGAGCAGCACCGUCUACCUGCUGUCCACCUUCCCGGAGAAGUGGGCGACGAAGACCUACAUAGACGAGGAGUUUAUUUUUAACACCUGGUUCAUUGACGUCCUCAAAAGGCUAGACCAGAUAGGAGGGGGCAGCAGCGGCGAGAAACUCCCGUUCACGUGCCACUUCAACGGGUGCAAGUUUUGCCAUGGGCACGGGGAUGCGGGGCGCGAGGCCGCGUGCGUCGAUAACUUCGACCGGGUUUACCACUACGCCAAUGACCAGGUACUGAAGAGCCUUGGGCUAAAGCACAAGGUUCUAGGCAGCCCCGAAAUCGUGGAGAUUUGAGAUUAGCUGGUCGCUUGCCCGACGAUCUGGUUGGGAGUGUCAUAGUGCGAUUUGAAUUUUGUAAACAAGGUCCUGUCAAAGCCAAGCAAUGACCAGGCGAGAUGAAGUUAUCACGCGCGUACAUAUGAACUUCCAAGGCCUUUGAUACAGGCCAAUGUUGAAUCGGAGUACUGUUAGCACUCAGUGCAUUCAGAGCAACGCAAACUAGAGCGAUCGCCUAAAAGGCAAGAGCUUUGACUGAGUUAAGAUGAAGCAACUGACACGCAAAAAGAUAGCCUUGAGCUUGCGGCGAAGGUCAAUCUGGUUGAAUCGGUUUAGCGAAGCGUUCAAGAGUCUAUUUGUAUGAGCUUUUCGGAUGAUCUUUCCUCAGGAGACAGUGCUAUCGAUCAUGCCUUUCUGAUAAUCAAGGUAUUUUUCAAGGUACUGUUAAGGACUCACGGCUAUAGCUGCCUUCAUAAACGUCUUGGAUCUCCA